GGGAGAACGGCGGCGGCGGCGGUGAGGGUGAGGAGCGGCGGCGGGUGGAGCCUGUAGCGCCCUGACCGAGGCGGCCGGCAGGCAGGCAGGCGGGCGGACACACGGACAGAGACAGGGUUUUGGAUUCAACUGCACUUCAUUGCACACAAGAAACCUUUUUUUACUUUAAAGACGAACUUUUUAUUAUUAACAAGCUGGAAGGCCCACGAUUAAACGAGAACCCGAGCUUGGGCUUAAGGCAUCGGAAGGAAAGCGUAGGAUACCUGAUGUCAUCUGAAGAAAAACAGUGUAACACCCCAAGCUCAGAGUUGAAAGAAGUGAAUCCUCUUGUAAAUCAUGAUUCUGAUUUGUUGGAUAACAACACAGACAAUGAAGAGCCAGAAACUGUCGAAGAAGAAGGAUUUAUGAGCAUUGCCCCACUACUACAGGCCCACCAUGCCAUGGAAAAGAUGGAAGAGUUUGUCCACAAGGUGUGGGAAGGACGAUGGCGGGUCAUCCCCCAUGAUGUGUUGCCUGAUUGGCUGAAGGAUAAUGACUACCUCCUGCAUGGCCACAGGCCACCAAUGCCAUCUUUUCGUGCUUGCUUGAGAAGCAUCUUUAGGAUCCACACAGAAACGUUGAACAUUUGGACGCAUCUUAUAGGUUGUCUUUUCUUCCUCUGUCUUGGAAUUUUCUAUAUGUUUAGGCCGAACAUAUCAUUUGUGGCCCCAGUGCAGGAGAAAGUUGUAUUUGGAGCCUUCUUCCUCGGGGCCAUUCUCUGCCUGUGUUUCUCUUGGUUGUUUCAUACGUUCUACUGCCAUUCAGAAAAUGUUUCACGUGUAUUUUCCAAGUUGGACUAUUCUGGCAUAGCACUUCUAAUAAUGGGCAGCUUUGUGCCAUGGUUAUACUACUCCUUCUAUUGUAACCCCCAGCCAUGUUUCAUUUAUUUGCUUGUUGUCUGCGUACUUGGUAUCACAGCGAUCAUAGUCUCCCAGUGGGACUAUUUUGCAACGCCACAGUACAGAGGUGUACGAGCUGGAGUUUUUGUUGGAUUGGGGCUGAGUGGCGUCGUGCCUACCCUGCACUUUAUGAUAUCAGAAGGAUUUUUCAGGGCUGCUACAAUUGGACAGAUUGGCUGGUUGUUCUUAAUGGCAGCAUUGUAUAUCACAGGAGCUGCCUUAUACGCUGCCCGUAUCCCGGAACGUUUCUUUCCUGGAAAAUGUGACAUUUGGUUUCACUCUCAUCAGCUGUUCCAUGUUCUGGUAGUGGCCGGUGCAUUUGUUCACUUUCAUGGCGUCUCAAACCUUCAGGAGUUUCGUCAUGGUGUUGGUGGUGGAUGCACUGAUAAUGACUUGCUAUGAAACUAAUCUCCAAUUAGAUGUGCAGUGGAACUUUGAGCAAUGGUAUAGGAAUUGGUGAUGAAAUAACUGAAAGAUCAAAAUUCUUACCACCGUUUAAUUUGGGUGAAUCAGUCCAAUAUUGUGUAUGGGAAGGCCCAAAUAACAUUGGAAUACAGGAGUCCACUGCAUCAGAAUGGCGUUUUCAGUGGCGACUCUGGGUUUUCAAAGAAGCAAUUUUUGUGGUAAAGAAGCAAAAGAUACGACAUCACAGAGUCAUCACUUGAGGUGUGACCAACGCAUUUGUCAACUGGUUGUCAAACCCAAUGGAAAAAAUGUAAAUUAUAAAUUAUAAGUUAGUAUGUAAUUUACAAAAUUGCUGAAUCUGAAGCAAAGUUCUGCUUUAACUGAAUACCAUAUUUAUUUCUAUGAAAAGAUAUAAAAGUGGAAGAAAAAUUGAAGAUAAUACUUCAGAGCAGAGUCUGGCUGCUUAUAACAAAAGAAAGAUCUUGUAAAUAAGAUUUCUAACUUUCAGUUAAUUAGAAAAUUUAUAUAAUAAAAACUUUUGUACAGUAAA